AUGUUAUUUAUGGAAUCUUAUAUGUGUUAUUGCUCGGUGCGACUCGGAGUCAUUAUCGUGUCUGUUUUGGCUAUUGUUCGAGCCUUUGCUCAGAGCAUAACUCUUUUCGUGAUUGGUGUAAAAUUUUUUGAUCCAUUAAUCGAUUUGUUCGAACACGAUGCGGAAUACCGGGACAAGAGCUGGGUUAGAAAAUCCAUUGGCUGGAGUCAAAACUCUCCAGAAAGCUUAUGCGCGGUUUUUCAGGUAAUUGCCUAUGCGCAUAUAGGUGCUGCCAUCUUAAGUAUUUAUGGUGCUUUGAGGUUACGAAAAUGGUUUGUGAUUCCCUUGGCAGUUUUCGAGUUUUUUUACUUUAUAAAUUUUACGUGCCUUCACAUUGUUCUAAUGAUCAUGCUGAAGAAACAGAUUAACUUGGGCUAUCUUAUAAUUCUCACGCUUGUGGGCUGUUUUUAUAUACUUUUUGUGGGCUACAAUUCCUGUACCUGCGUGGCCAUGUUCCAGAUCAUCAGCUUGGUGAAAAGUGCCCGGUAUCGCGAGAUCUAUGGGGAUGAUCCCUUCCAUCCGCUGGCCAUGAGGACCAGUCAUCUUAAGGAGGCCGAGAAGCCGCCCCAGGUGCUUCGGAUGCACGACAUGCACGACACCAACAUCGAUGAGCAGAAGCGGCUGAGCAGGAUGGGAUUGUGGCCACACCGUCAUCCGCCGGUGGUGUCCGUCCUGCCCAGGCAGCCGGAGUAUCCCCAGCCCCAGUUGAAGUGGUGGCAGCAGCAGGCCCUGAACACAUCCGAGGAUCACCUGCAUGAUCAGUUCGUCCACCGCAACUGGCAGCCCAAGGAGCUCCUCAAUGGAGUGGGCGGCGGGGUGCAACGCAAAAGCGACCUGAAUCGGCGAUACGCCGAAAAUCAGAUGCAUCGAUGGUACUGA